AAGCUCAAAGAGAGGAACGAGGCUAGGAGGAUGGGGCUAAAUCUCGACUUGACCGUCCAGCUUGCGUAUAUACCGAAUCUUCUUCUCCUUCAGUUCCCCCUCCCAUGCCCAAACGGCCAUAAAUAACCUUUUAAAAGGACAAAAUAUUCAGCGGAGAGGAUAUCAAAAAACAUAAAAAUAAUAAAAAAGAAAAGAAAAUAAAAAUGAGGAGUGGGAUUCGAGUGCUGUGUAAAUCCUGCCUCCUCUCACUCCCCUCUCUAGCUGCAUCUCGAGCGAGGCCCAAAUCCUUCAGAACUCCCGCUUCGCCAGCCUCUAGGGUUUCUCGCAUGAUUAUGGAGUCUUCGUCUUCGCCUUCGCCUUCUGUUGAUGGCCCCGAGUCCUCUCCUACUUCUGCGCCUGCUAUUGAUUUCCUCUCUCUCUGUCACCGCCUCAAGACCACGAAAAGAGCUGGAUGGGUGAAGAGGAAUGUCGAGAAUCCGGAGUCUGUAGCUGAUCAUAUGUACCGCAUGGGUCUGAUGGCUCUUAUUGCUUCUGAUAUGCCCGGCAUCGAUCGAAACAAGUGUAUAAAAAUGGCAAUUGUCCAUGACAUUGCAGAAUCCAUUGUUGGGGAUAUAACUCCAUCAGAUGGAGUGCCAAAGUUGGAAAAGAGUCAAAGAGAACGGGAAGCCUUAGACCAUAUGUGCCAUUUACUUGGUGGAGGAUCACAGGCCAAGGAAAUAAAUGAGUUGUGGAUGGAGUAUGAGGAAAAUUCUUCUCCAGAAGCUAAGGUUGUCAAAGAUUUUGACAAGGUGGAGAUGAUCCUUCAAGCCCUAGAAUAUGAAAAUGAGCAAGGGAAGGACUUGGACGAGUUUUUCCGGUCAACAGCUGGGAAGUUCCAGACUGAGCUCGGAAAAGCUUGGGCAGCAGAGAUAGUGUCAAGAAGAAGAGCCUAGCUUCUGGCCAAAAGCCUUGGUUAUAGAAGCUCUUGUUUUCAAAUUGGACCUGUGUUUAAUGGUUUGCGGACUUGAUUAUUCCAGUAUUCUGAUGCUUGAAGCUCUUGCCCAUUGGAUGUCAUUGAGAACAAAGCAAACUAUUAUGUGAAACAUUUUCCCCAUGUGUUCAAUUCCGGUUGCUAAUUGGACUUUGUGAUUUGGGAUGUUCAAUUGGCAUAAGUGAUGGCAGUGAAGGAUUUGUCCCCAAACUUCCCUUCACUUAACCUGCUUCUGAAAGCCUCAUGAACUGGUGAAGUUUACCUCCUCAAAUUUUCCCUCCCUCAUUUUCUUGUUCUUUCCCGCAUUUUCUGCAAAUAAUUAAUUGGAGUGGUUAGCAAUGGUCGCCAGGAAAAAGAAAAAAAGGGUGCAGCCUUCUGCUGGAAUACAUUUUAUUGAUCUUCACUUGCGCAAAUUGGUGCUGCAUGAAAUUGUCUGGACUGAUCUGCAAUCACUUGCGCAAAUUCUGCUCCGGUUUUAAGAAACAGAUCUGUAAUCAUUUGCAGUGUCCUCUCAUAGGGUUUAGAUUUUCGCAUGUGACAAAACACACCUCCAAUCAUUAAAAAAUGGUAAUGUCUCGUAGAAGCAUAUUAACGUGAGAUAGGACAUGUCAUUAAAUUACUUAUUUUUCUUCUUGAAUCAGUUUUCGAUAUUUCAAUAUGUUUCUUCUAAUGGAUUAAUUUACAUUUAAAAAAAAAAAAAUCUGUUUAUGCUCACAAUGUGUUUUCCCUCCUUGUAUAUAAUCUGUUUAUGCAAAUAAUGAAUAUUAAUUAUGUUAAUUUUCA